CCGUAGACGUCGGGCAACACUGYGCCGCCGGCCGGCCGGCCGGCUCGUCCCCACCGUGCACGUCUCUAUGCCAGUACGGUAACGUCUUCCCCUCGACCACGCGCUCCUCACUUCAUUGUGGUACCCUUCCCAUAACCGGCGUCGGCUUUCUCCUCUCGCCGCCGCCGUCGUGUUUUCAUUUCCUCUCGGCCCCCGUCGCUUCACGAUCGUGCACUCUACGCACACGCAGCGAAUCGUACCUUCGCACACUGCCUACCACCACGUUGCUUGGAAAUCGGAAUUCGUCCGUCGCCGCAAUACUGCGCCGUGGUUUUGGUAAUUUUUAGUGUAGUACGGACCAGAGGCAACUGCUGACUGGGCUACUCUUGCUGUCGUCUACUCGACGUGUGUACGUAGUAGGAAGUUUUCCGUUUUUUCUUCGUUUACAAUCGAAUUUCUUUUUAACAGUUGUCGGGCUAGUGUUUUUUUUUUCAAAUUUUUAUUAUUUUAUUCGYUCCAUCAGUGGUUUAUCGCGACGUGCACACUACGCAUUCKCGCUUCUUAUACCUAUCGAAGUGGUGUUUUCUACUCAAUUGAUUGAAAGUAUUUAUAUAUUWUAUAUAUAUUUUAUUUGUACUUGACGCGGUUUCAUUAGUAUUAUGGCACAAGGCGACAACGUGGACAAGGUUUUACACUCGUAUCAAAGUGGAUAUCAUACGAUAUGUUCAAGGUGAGGACUGUAUCGCUGGGGAGAAUUUUAACGUUUUCGACAGCCGUCUUAUACCUCGGUUAUCUUUGGUACAAGCGCAAGAGAACUUUGUCACAUCACCAGAGUGACAAGAAGAGACCCCGUUCUGAACCUUCAGAACUGAUUAAAAUUGAUGAUCAAGAAUUGUUUCAGGCAUUAGAAGAAGUCUCUUGUACUUUAGAGAUAUCAGAAGCUGUGGAAGAAGAACUGGUUGAGAGUUCUGUUAUUCAUAAAGAGUUCAUGGAGCCUACUGUCAGUCAAACAGAAGUUAAUGAAAAAGAAUCAUUUAUAAACAACGAAGAAGUACAUGAAUUGGUUACAAAAGUUAUUGCAAUGGCUAGUGACCAACAAGCAUGUUUAAAAUCUGAUAUCAUUACAAUAGAUUCUUUAACUGAAGAUUUGAAUAAUUUGAAAUUAAGUACAGCAGUAGAAAAUGGAAAUGAAGUAGUUGUAAAUACUGAUGAUUCAAUAAAUAUUCAUCAAGUUAUAGAAAAUAUUAAAAAAGAAGAUAUAGAAGAGUCCUCUAAAGAUAAGGCUUGUUGGACAGUAAUGGUAGAAAAAGAAGAUCAUUGUGAAUGUCCAAAAGUUGUUCAUGUUAAAAAAGUUAAAAAAGAAGAAGAACCUAUGAUAUUUGAAGGAAUUAAAUUUAAAGGGAAAAAGAAAAAAGGAAGAAAAAAAAAUCAAACAAAAGAUAUUAUUAAGCUUCCCUCUGAAUCAAACAGUAAAAAUAAAACUAAUAAUGUUGUGAAAUCUGUGAAGAAAACCCAAAUUGUUGAAGAAGAUUGUGAUUCAGCGCAUAGUGUAGAUCAUAGUAUUGAUACUAAUGAUGCACCAAAUACAAUUUAUUCAGAUAUUAGAAGUGUUGGUUCUCAAGACAGUGGCAAAGGCGGUAGUUCUUUUUCUGGAGAACUGCGCACAGUAUCUGAUUCUGAUGAGCAAACGAGUUAUGACUUUUUAGUUCCAAUUGAACUAGUGGGACCAAUUAUUGGUAAAAAAGGAGCAUUUGUUAAAUAUAUUAAAGAGAAAAGCAAUGUUCGGCUUUUUGUCGAAAACAAGACUGAAAGUCCAGAAGAUAAAUAUAAAAUGUGCACAUUAGUUGGAUCUGAAAUAAAUAUUAACAAAGCUCUAAAGUUAAUUAGAACCAAGUUUCCUGAAAGAGCUUAUCCAGAAUUUACUUUAGAAUGCAUUUCUUCAUUAUUGGAUGGUUCACCUGUUAUUUCUCAACUCUUUAAGUCGGAAUUAAUUGAAGGCGUUAAUAACCAUGUUAUUGUAACUGACCUAGUAGCUACAGAUCACUUCUUUGUACAUAAUGCAUCAAGUCCAGAUUAUGCAAUGCUUUCUUCUUUGAACUUUGCCAUGAAUGAUACAUAUGGAAAAAACAAAGAUGAAAUCCCUGAAGUCGAUUUACGCACUGUUACUCAUGGUUCUGUAGUGGCCACCUACAGUGGAGAUAAUUGGUACCGCGCACAAGUGAUUGAUGUAGAUGAAAAGAAAUAUGAAUCUGCUAAUGUAUUCUUUUUGGAUUAUGGCGGUUGUAAAAAAAUUGAUCAAUGUGAUAUGAGGCCAAUGCAUGACUCAUUAAUAGCAUUAAGCUUCCAAGCAAUUGAAUGUAGUUUAGCAAAUAUUGCUCCAAUUUAUGGCGAGUGGUGUGAGGAAUCCCUAAAAAUGUUUGAAACACUGACUACUGGCAAAAUGUUAUUUGCUCAGGUCGUUUACAAGUCUGAUAGUGUACAAUAUGUUAAUUUAUUAGCUUUUGAUGGCUUAGUGACUAUUUCUAUCAAUGAUGAACUGAUUAAGUAUGGAUUUGCCAUCUACGCUCCACCUAGUGGUAUUUACCGAAAUGAUACAACACCUGAACUUAAUGAAUCAACACAUGCACCUGCAUAGGUUACUUUCUCAUUUGUUUUUAAAAUUGCUUUUGUAUUUUCCUGACUGUUAAUGCGUUAAUU